AUCAAAAUAUCAUUUAACGGUCUGUCCUUAACUUUCAUGCUUCUAGAGUAACGACAUCUUUGUGCUGUUCUUGGAUGAAACAAUGACCUAUUCAUGCACUAUAUUUAAGAACGAGGAUGAAGAUUUAAAGGUUGCACAGCUACGGAAAAUCUCUCUCCUGAUUGAAAAGGCCAGAAUCAAUGCUAGGCACAAAAUUCUUGAGAUUGGUUGUGGUUGGGGAAGCCUAGCUAUAGAGGUUGUCAAGAGAACUGGUUGUAAAUACACAGGCAUCACAUUGUCUGAGGAGCAGCUGAAAUAUGCAGAAAGGAAGUUAAAGAAGCUGGCCUCCAGGACAAGAUAA